AUGAAAAGACAUAAUUCGGAUGACUAAUUACAAAUCGAAUUAAUACAAGACAAUGAUCAAUUAACUUUAAUCUCAGAAGUAGAUGAUGAAAACAAAUCUGCUUAUUUUCUUAAAAAUGCAAUCUAUUACACACAAAAAUUAUUAUAAUUAUUAUUGAAAGUUGUAAAAAAUAAGUAAAAGGCUUUAAAUAAAGAAAUUCAAAAUGCAUUAUCUAAAUAAUAAUAACACUUAAAAUAAUACUUAUCGAAAUUCAGACCUAUCACUAAUUAAAUUUUGAGUAAAGAGGAUUUAGUUUAGAAUUAUGAAAAAGUGAAGACAGAGUUCAAAGCAUAAUGCUGUAAAGCAUUUUCCAUAUACUCCACGUAGGAUGAAUAACUAGCAAUCAAUUCUGUUGAUUAGCAAUUAGAAGAAACUGAAUAAAUGACUACCUGGAGCAUAAAUGAAAAUAAAACUAUUAGCAAUGAGAAUACAGAAAAUUCAAUUGAUAAUUCAUUUAAAAUAUAUUCAGAUCUAGAAUAAAAUUAAAUCUAAAUAUAAUUUCCUAAAAGAAUAUCAUAGGAAUAUCAAAAGGAUUUAGUGAAGAAAUUAGAUGAAAUAGCAAAGCACCACCAAUAUUAAUGUAUAUAAUUGAAAUGA